AUGUUUGUUCGGGUGGAAUCUUACAACUCAAUUUUAAGGCACUUGCCCUCAACCGAUUGAGCUGAAAUUUGAUAAAGUGUAUUAUAUCUACGACAAUGACGAACGCCACAUUGGUUUGCUGUUAACAUACCCUUGCGACGCAGAUCAAAGCAAGAUGAUCAUUGAAGAGGAUCAAUUGAAAUUUGUACUAGAAGCUGUCGCAAAGAAAUUGAAUGUAGACAAAAAGUGGAGGUACGUUAAACGAAAACAGAGUGAUGAUUUGGUUAAUUUUGCCGCCAUUUUGUUACCUGUGUCGCUGAUCGACGAGACCAAAGGCAAAGAAUUCAACCUGCUGAUCAAAACAGCCCCAGACUGGCCAGUGGAGAAGGUAGUGGACGAGCUAUUCAUCAAAGAGUACCACUUCUAUACCAAAGUAUUGCCAAUCUAUAAGUGUAUGAAAACCAACAUCGACAUAGAUAAUCUUUUUCCUGAAUGUUACUACGCCGAUUCUAGUCCAGAUCACAGAGUGUUGGCCAUCCAGGAUAUGACUUUUGAAGGAUUCGAGAAACCAAUUAAUCGAGAAAAUUUGGACUAUAAAUACAUGACAGUGGCUUUGGAAACGAUUGCCAAAUUCCAUGCCCUAUCAUUUAUUAUGAUGAAAAAAAAUGUUACUUAUACUAAUAAGAAAAGCUUACAACCUCUCUCAGCGAAGUAUUCAGAAGAUUUCACCGCGAUAUUAAAAUAUGCUAUCAAUAAAAGUUUCUUUAUAUUUAAAGAUAAAUAUUAUUUUGAUUUUCUGGAGAAAUUGUGUGGAGGUUUAGAGAAAUAUAUGGAAGACGGUGUAGAUAAAGCUAAAGGGAAAGUGUACGGGCAUGGUGAUUUUUACAAAGAAAACAUUUUGUUUAAAUAUUCUAAUGGCGUACCAGUGGACGCGUGCUUGAUCGAUUUUCAACACACUCGGAGUAUAAACCUUGCACAGGAUAUACUCUUCUUAAUUAUGACCUCAACAGAUGCAGCUGAUAGAAAACUACAUUUCCACGAUUACCUAAAUUAUUACUAUGAGAGCUUACACAGUAUUUUGAAGAGCAAUGGCGUCGAGGUAUCCGUUGGUUACUCAUACGAGGAUUUUGAAUAUGAUUUGAAACUAGCAGUGCCUGUUUGCUUGAUAAUCACAGUUUUCUCGUACACUAUAUGGUGUGGGGUUAUAGAUUUGGAAUGUUCGAUGUCGCCCGAUAAGGUCCCGCCACCCAUAAAAGAGAAAGAUGCUGUAAAAGUUGGGAAAUUGGUUGACCAUCUGAUGAUGGAUUUCGUAGAUUUGGGAUAUUUACCUGAAUUGCGAUAG